ACCAACAAUCCAUUAACAAAAAUGAAGUAUCCAAGCUUCUGUUUUACCUUUGCUACUGCCAUUCUUCUCUUUUCAUUUCAUCCUUCUUCAGCAGAUUCUCAUGAAAAGUUUGUUCAAUGUCUUUACAAUUAUCCCCAUAUCACCAACUCAAUCUCCAAUGUUGUUUACAAAAAAAGCAACUCUUCAUACUCCUCAGUCCUAGAUGCUACCAUUCAAAAUCUAAGGUUCUUCAACAUAAGCUCAAAACCCCAAGUCAUUAUCACACCAAUGGACGUUUCCCACAUUCGAGCCACCAUAAUCUGUGCCCAACGUCAUGGUCUGCAGAUACGAACCCGAAGCGGAGGCCAUGAUUACGAGGGUCUCUCGUAUGUUGCUGGGGUUCCAUUUCUCAUCGUUGACCUCAUAAACCUUCGAAGAAUCGAAGUUGACACUGAAAACAGAACUGCUUGGGUUCAAGCUGGGGCGACUAUAGGUGAACUUUACUAUAGGAUUAGCCAGAAAAGCAAAACACUUGGGUUCCCAGCAGGUGAGUGUCCCCUUGUGGGCGUUGGUGGUCACUUCAGCGGUGGUGGCUAUGGGUAUAUGAUGCGUAAGUACGGUCUUGCUGCUGAUCAUAUAAUUGAUGCUAAGAUUGUUGACGUCAAUGGUAAUCUCCUAGAUAAAGAAACAAUGGGCGUGGAUCUAUUUUGGGCCAUUAGAGGUGGUGGUGGAGCAAGCUUUGGAGUCAUAGUGGCUUGGAAGAUAAAACUAGUUUCAGUUCCAUCAAUUGUAACUGUGUUCCAAGUUACAAGGACAUUGGAAGAAAAUGCAAUCGAGAUUAUUCAUAAGUGGCAGCGUGUGGCAAACAAAUUUAAUGAGAGCAUAACCAUGAAGGCCAACAUUGAAAGGGUAAAUUCAAGUAAAAGUGGGAAUGUAACAGUAGGAGCGAAGUUUGAAUCCUUAUAUCUGGGACGUGUAGAUGAUCUCAUUACCUUGAUGCAAAAGAGCUUCCCGGAGUUGGGUUUGGUGAGAGAAGACUGCACUGAGAUGAGUUGGAUAGAAUCAAUUUUGUACAAGGCUGGAUUCGCAUCCGGUGAAUCCACCGAUGUUUUGCUGAACAGAACUCAAUUAAACAGUUUGUUGUUCUUGAAAGCAAAAUCUGAUUAUGUGAGAGAUCCCAUUCCAGAUUUUGGGUUAGAAAGGUUAUGGCAUUUCUUAUAUGAAGAUGCGGCUAAAGAUGCUUACAUUCAAUUCACUCCUUAUGGAGGCAGGAUGAAUGAGAUUUCAGAAUCCGAAACUCCAUUUCCACACAGAUCUGGCUACAUAUUCCUCAUUCAAUACAGGGUGUAUUGGCAAGAAAAAGGGGAUGCGGCAGCACAAAGGUACAUCAACUGGAUUAGAAGAGUGUAUAAAUAUAUGGAACCUCAUGUUUCAAAGUCUCCAAGAGCUGCAUAUCUGAAUUAUAGAGACCUCGACAUUGGAACUAAUAACAAUGGUUACACAAGCUUUAGACAAGCCAGCAUUUGGGGCACUAAGUAUUUUGGUAACAACUUUAAUAGAUUGACACUCGUGAAGACCAGGGUUGACCCUAGAAAUUUCUUCAGAAACGAACAAAGCAUACCUCCUCUUACGUCGAACAGACGCAAAUAAAUCUUCUUGGGUGCGUAACUUGCCAUUAUAAAAUAAGUUACUUUUUGUAUUUUACUUUUAUCAUUUGGUGUUGUCGUUGAUAAUGUAUCUUAGGUACUUAAUAGUGUAUUAAUUU